GAGGUACAUAGUUUUGGGGAGUGCAUAUAAUCAACAUAUUAUCGAAGGUGCUUAGAUAUUGAUCCAGUAUUUCGAGGUAGUUCAAAUUCACCUCCCUUGGCGCUUUGGGUUUGACCUCAAUUUCCCCGAGCUUGGUUGAGAAUAACUGACGCGUAAAAUGCCGAAGAGAAAGUCUCCAGAGGGUCCUGAGGGGAAGGAAGCCCCCAAAGUCACAAAGCAAGAGCAGCCCACCAGAAGGUCAGAAAGAUUGUCAGCGAAACCUGCUCCUCCCAAGCCUGAGGCCAAACCCAAGAAGGCCAUCGUGAAGAAGGUGGUGGAUGAUAAGGCGGCAAAGCCAAAGAAAGGUGGUGCCAAGGGGAAAAAAGAAGAUGGUCCUGCCCAGAAUGGAGAGACUAAGGCCAAUGAGGUAACUGAAGCAGCAGAGGAGGCGACUGAGGAGAAGGCGUAAAAAGUGGCGCAUCCAUCGACUCGUCCCCUCCGACUCCAUGGCAGCAAGGCAUCUUUUUUACUGACGAUUUUUGUACCAUGCUGAUUUUUUAUUAUUAUUAUUAUUUUUUUUAGACUUGUGAUAGUAGAGAUGGACGACCAGCAGGCCCGCCCCAUUUCUUUACCCUCUUUUUAACUUGUUUUUUGCUCGAUUCGCCACCUUCCUCCAUCCCGUACGGCUAUAGAGUACAGUAUGCCUCUUCGAAGCAGAAAGGCAGAAUGACGUGGUUUUAUCAGAUGACUGCAGAUGUUCUUUGUUUUGCCUGAAGGGGGGCCAUUAACUUGACUGUUACGAUCUUUAAACCAGCUCUGCCUUUGUUUAUAAUUAAUCUCCUCUUUAAAAGAUGAUCACCACAAUUGGCAAGCUGCCAUUAAUGGGGAAAAGCUCUGAUUCUUCUCCCCUCUGAUGGUUAUGUUGAAGGCUUUUGGGCAUGUAUCAACAGUUAAAAUGCAGAGCAACGAGAAACCAGUCUGACGGUCGGCAUGGGGAACAUCUGCAGCUUUUUAAAAAUCCUAGUUUUUAGAAUCACCACUACUGUUUAUCACAUUGCUCCUUUUGUAUGUGUGUGCUGGAGUGAAAGUGUUUGUGGGUCUCUGUGUUUGACUUUGUUCAUUUUGUCCACCCCCGCCCCACUCCCUCCCCAUUAACGCCUUGUCCUACAGCAGAGUGACAUAGCAAUAAUGAGUGGUGCUUCUGUUCUAGACGGCUCUAUUGGCUUUGGACCCUCUGGGCUUCUCUGAGUUUCAUCCUGUUAGGGGAACAUUUUGAAAUAAAAGAAGAAGUUGAUGUCA